AUGAUCAAUUCUUCCAACAAAUGUACAAAUUCUUAUGAUGUCGAUUCUAAUUUUGAUGGUUGGAAUAAUUCAGCAAGCGUAGCGGAAAAUUAUGAUGAUAAUUUUGUAGAAAGUAACGAGAAUUUGAACUAUUCAACGAGGUCAUUUCCAUCUAAAUGGUUCGAUAAUCUCAACAAUAGCGGUAACAAAAGUUCGAAAAAGAAGAAACAGGCCGCUGGUGAAAAAGUGGAAGAAGAAAAUUUGGAAACAGCUGAUGAAGAGGAGGACAAAGAAGAGGAAGAACAAAAAGAUGGAAAUAUCAAAUUUGAAGAUACUGAAAAAGAACAAAAUGGAGAAAUUGAAAUGGUUUUCGUUCCUGAUACUAAAUCGUCGGUAUUUGAACCGAAAGAAAAUGAAGAAAUAGUUGAUAUAAUCUCCAACGAAGGCGGUGAAGGUAACAAAAAUGGCGAGUUGUCUUCUACUGCCAGAGCUCAAAAUGAUACCCUAAUGAAGAAAGAUAGCGAAAUUUUUCUAACGAAUCAACUGAAUUAUUUCUCAGAUAAGUCGGACGAGUGCUACCAUCACGAAAAACGUCUGAGUGAAAUCUGUAGAAAACGUUACAAUAAUCCAGAAUGGUUCGAAAUGACGAUCAUGACUAGGGACAAAACCGACCGUCCAUUAGGGACUGCCACUCCCACGAAACAAGACGAACACUUAGCGCAACAUCAGCACGAACUUUCUCGCGAAAAUGGCGAAUUAGCCUCAACGAAACCGGUUGAUAUUGUCAAAAAUGAAAUUGCCAUAAAAUGCGAGAAUGGAAUUUGCACGAUGGAUACCAGAACCUCUCCGAUGAAAAUUAACGAGGGCGCUGCCGAAAACUUUGACAGCAGUUUUGUCGAGAUGAAACUUAACAUGCGGUUCAAGAAGAAAAUAACUAGCCACUACGCUAUGCUGAAGUCAGCGAAAGAUGUCAAAAUGGAUCAACAGCAUGGCCUGCUUACAGAUUCAAGGAGACCAUCCGAACGCCAAAGUCUUCUAUCUAGAAAACCGAGCAAUCUGCCAGUGAAGACCUCAGGAUCCCCGUUAAAACAAGCUCCUACCGACGCGGCCGCAACUGAAGCAGCAACAGCAGCUGCCAACCAAAACUACAUACUACCAACCACCAUGUCCACCACACCUAACUACAUCCACAGUCAGCCAAUCGGCAACGCCGAGCACAAAAUCGUCGAUGAUGACGACAAACGCAUCCCACUUAAGCCUAGCUUCUCAGGAAUUAACAGCCAACAGUUCAUCACCUCAACAACCUACCACCACUACCAGUCACACAGUCCAGAGUUCUCCAUCAGAAAGGAAUACCCGUCGAAUGAUUGUACCCAGAAAUACCAUCACGUACAAUACGACGGCGAAGAGGAGGUUCAUAUGAAACUGCUACCGAGUGUGCACACCUACACAAGUUCCCCAAGAUCUCCAAUGUCCCAAAGUCCGAAACGUCAAUAUUCUGAUAUCGAGAAUGUUUACACACACAUCCAUUCCCCACCGCAUAGAGCCUCACAUUUAGUCAAAGAUCCGGUCAAUGACGACUGCCACCACCGUAGCAGCACCAUCGCCAGACGCUUGGAAGCCCUGAGACCAGCUUCACGUGUGUUUAACAAUAAAGUUGAGCGAAUCAGCGAUAAAUGGAAACAUCGAUUCGACAUUUUAAACUAUCAAAAAUCGUUCGAAUGUUAUCCGACGAAGUAUUUCAAAAAAACCGACACCGAAACUAAGUGUCCAGCCUCGCUUGGUCAAACGAAUUGCGAAUUUCUUCGAGAAUUAGAACAGGCAACCAUGACAGUCGGCCAUCUUGAAUCCUGGCUCUCCCUUCAGAAGGGGGCCGUUCACCAGCCGUGCACCUACAUGAGUCGCAAUCACGCCGGCAUGCUCAUACAGGUCCAACUCACCGUCAAAGAGGUGAGAUAUGAAAGAGCUGUCAGAUUGUCAAGUUCUUAUAUUCUAACAUUCGAGUAUAAGUUAGCACUAGUUAAUAAAUAA